GCGCGCUCUUACGUUCACUCUCACUUGAACUUUUAAAGCAACGCAGUGGCUUUAUUUCAAACUCGAACAACGCGUUUGGAUUUCUACCUAUUAAACCAGUGGAUUUCUCGACCUAGAUAUGUGGAUUAUCGAUUUUAAUUCGGGAAAACCUGAUAAUCGAACAAGCGAGCAGGUUUGCAAAGUUACAUCAGUGUGUUAAUUCUAAUUCAUUUACGAAAAUGGAAACGAGUCUCCGUAAACGGCUCUUCCUCGAGUGAGUUCGAUCGUGUCCGCUCAAGCGAUUCGCUUCGUGAAAGUUCCCGCAAAGUUUUGUUCGGAGAAUGUUUGUCUUUUUCUCGGCUCAUUUUUGAUCUUGAGCCUCAUGGGGAAAGUUUUCACCGCGUUGAGCUCAAAGAGAGAUUAUCAGCGGUUAUGAAUAUGAUUUAGAUUGGUGUUAUCUGAGCAGAUCGUCUGUUUUGAGUGGAAUAACACUGAAACAUUGUCGCAUUGAUGGAUACAAUAAUUCUGCCACAACCUGUUACAUUCCGGAAUGUCGGGAGUCCUUUGAAGUGGCCGCGUGGAAUGUAACGCGCAAUAAUGGAGCGAUUGUGACGUGACUUUAUCGAUAACAAACGUGAGAUAAAUACUUCCAGAAUAUCAAUAGUGAUCUGUUUGAAGGUUCAAACUCUGUGUUUGAAUCAAUGCCCACUUUAAAAAUCUGUCAGCUGUCAAUCACUGGCUGUCAAUCACAUUUCACAUGUCAGUCAUGUUCACCUGUCACUGAUACAGGUCAACCCACAUAAUACUAAUGUGGCUUUUGGGUGUUAUAGCAAGUGUUUUAACAGUGUUUAAUAAACAGUUUAACGGCUUACAUUGUUAAUUCGAUUCUUUAAUCUGAAAGCGCAACACUAGAUGAAACAAUUAAGCAAAUAAACGUGCAAUCCAGCCCAAUUCUCUGGAGACAUUUAGAGGACUGUUAGGAACUGAGUGUGUGUUUUUGCUGAGCUGUAAUUGGACAGUGCGUAAUGUCUGGCCGGAGCCCGCCACUGCAGCCAGGACAAUGAGGGAUCCUGUGCAGCGAUUGGCCGGGCUCUGGCCGUGGCUACUCAUGGCCGCCUUGCAGGUGGCGUUGGACCACACCGGGCUGGAACUAGCCGCUGCAGUGGACUCCGAACGAUCCGCCACCAGAGCCGUGAUCAAGGUGACUCUUCUGAAGCAGGAGCCCAGCAGCAGGACCAUCACCCUGGAAGGGGUGUUCGCCGGGGGCAGCGCUGGCUAUGCCGAAGGGAAACUGAUGCAGUCUCACCCGUUGUCUCUGUGCAACACCAGUGAGGACGAGCCUCAGGAUACCAUCUUCAUCAGCAUCGUCAAACUGGAGAGUCCCGAGAGCAAAGUGCCGCAGUGUCAGCCCCUACUGGACAAAGCUCGGUUGGCUCUUCAGCGAGGUGCUCAGGCCGUCAUCUUUGAUAUCACAGAUGAUGCCAGUGCUGCUCAUGAGCUGCGGGAUUCUGGUUCGUUGCCACGGCCUGUCGUGCUGGUGAAGUCAUCAGAUGCUAAUGAGCUAAUGGGACUCGUCAAUAAGAAUGAGGAAGCCAGGGUGCUCAUCGACAUCAUGAUGGAGACUCCUAAAUGGCCUCACUAUGAUGUUGGCAUCCUCUUGACUGUGGCUUUGGCCGUGGUGGCCAUCAUCAUGAUCUUUGCUUUACGCUUCCGCUGUCGGUCCAACAGAACCUGGGACUCCAUGCACCAGCAGACGAUGCGUGUAAUCAGCAGGUUGGAGACACGGACAUACAGCUCUCAGGGAUGCUCUGGGUCUCAGCGUUCUCGCACAGCCCCGGGCUCAAACAGCAGCUCCAACUCAAGCCCAAUCUGUGCCAUCUGCCUCGAGGAAUUCCUUGACGGCCAGGACUUGAGAAUCAUCUCUUGUGCUCAUGAGUUUCAUAAGGAGUGUGUCGACCCCUGGCUCCUGCAGCACCGCACCUGCCCACUGUGCAUGCACAACAUCAUGGGUAAACAGCCUCAGGGUUCAGAGCUGGCAUCCCGUCAACCCCAAAGGAGCCGACUGCCACCCCCUCCACAAGAGCACAGUCAGGCCUUCCUCCUUCCCCAACACUAUUCAAAUCCUUACCCCCAGCACCAUGUCCCCGUCUCCCUGCGUCAUCACUACCCCCACAUCCCCACUGGACCUUUACCUCAAAUGGGACACUAUGGUAACUCGCCCCCUCUUCAUCCCCGCAACCUUCGUUGCUUUCCCAGCAGACCGUUAGGAGCUAGCUGCGCAUAUCACCUGGCGCCAGAUCACAGUCGAAUGCAUAGAACAGGUGGGCACGGGUGUCAAACUCUAGGGCAUCAUUAUGCCACCCCUAGACGUUCCUGCCACCGUUGUCCCAGAGGAGGUUCCCGGUUGCAUCACGUGGCAUCGCCCACAAACCACACCGCUCAUCAUCACCCGCCACGUUGCGGAGGUUCGCAUGGUCACCAGGACGAUGGCAGCUGCUCGGGAGGCAGUUAUCACACGGAGCGUAGCGGUUACCUUGCCGACGGGCCUGCCAGUGACUCAAGCUCGGGAUCGUGCCAUGGCUCAUCCAGCGACUCGGUACUGAACUGUACUGACAUUAGCCUGCAGGGUGUUCACGGCAGCUGGUCGACUUUUCGAAGCUCGCUCAGCAGCGACUAUGACCCGUUUAUCUAUCAUGGGCCGGGCAAAGCCCAGCGCACAGGGAGCAUGGAGGCCGCUCAAAGGCCUCGCUCCCUGGACUCAGUGGUGAACCGCACAGGGGGUGGAACUGUUGGCGAAGCAGGUGGGAUUUGCUCGGAACAACAGCAGCAGCAGGUGGCAGUGUUCAGUCAUGUCCACUAUCACAGACAUAGACACCACUAUUAUGAGGACGAGGAGCUCAGUCAAGGGCCCAGUCGGGGCUCUGAUGAGGAUCAAGGGGCCUCUUUCUCUGGCCCAUGUAAUGUCACUAAAGAUAAAGACUCUACUGGGUGCCAGGUACAGCACCAGUCUUUCCUCUUUCCCAAAACGGACCUCAGCUUACGGGGCGCAGAGGAUCGAGUUCCGGACCCUGUUUCCUCCUCAGGCCCCUCUGUGAUUGUCCCCUCCCCUUCGUUAACCUCUCCAUCCCCAGUUUGUUGCCAAAAAGGCUCAGGGUGUCCCACCAGAAGGAAAACAACUGGCUGUACCUUGGAAGCAUCUAGAGGACCUUCGCCGGUUGUACACUUCCAUCAAAAUGUGGAUCUUCAGGAUGAUUGUAGCAUUCACAUCCACUAUGGACAGGCAGCAGGAAGCUACUGCUGCACACCUCCACCGGACAUUGCCCCAACACUGUUGCCAGUGCCCCUGAUCCUGGACUCGACGGGCAUGGGCGACUGGCCGUGUUGCGGGGGCGCACAUGUGGUGUGGCAGAAACAGGUACAGCAGGCGCAUUCAGAGCCCCAGCUUCUUGGGCCUGCUUCUGCAAUGGACAGACCCCUGUGUAGGGCCCAUCACAGCCCCGGCGAUCCCACGGACAUCUGUCUAUACUGCCAAACUUUACACAACAGUCAGGGGUCAGAGGAAGAAUCUGGUGUUUGAAAAAACGCAUCAUCCAAAACUCUAUACGCUGCUACACAAGAGCCGAACCGGACAAAAACACUUCGGCUAUCUCUCGCUGUCUCUUUCACUCAUACUUAGAGUGUUCCAGAAUUUCAAGCAUCUUUUGCAAUACCAAACUAUGUUUCCCAGAACCUCCCAGCUUCAGAACGUCAUUCUAACAGCUUUAUAUAGUAAAGCAAAUAAGGAUAUCACCAGUCGUUGAGAAAUCAGCCAUUAGUGAUAAGAGUUAUGAUAAGAUGGAUUUUUGCCAAAGGCCAAAACAAGCAAUUCUUGGUACUGUCAAGGUACUUUACCCCUGCACUUCAGGAUAACGUCCAAAAGUGACUUUUAAUAGGCAAACAAGUGGUUUCUGUGUCUAUCCAGCUAGUUUUCAAAAGGUCUGGGAGAGAUUCUACCUGAAAAAUUACACAUCUGGUUUAAUGGCACAGAUAUUUGAAUUAAACUCUAUUGCCCCCUUGAGGACUGAAUUUGUUACCACAACAGUAACGCUAGAAUGCGAAUUAAGUAUUUUCAAUAGGACUGCACGCUCGUUUAUUUCUGGCCUUAAAAGUAUAUAAUAGCAUUCAUUAGCUCAUACUUCUCAUUGCGAUACAACCAGCCUCUUCUGUUUUCUUAAAAAGUAGACAUACCCAUUUAGCUAAGAUAUGUUGGGUGACGUUCUGCCCACAGAUAAGCGCCUGGCUCUCCAGCACUACCUCAGAUAACCAAUCAAAAUAGCCCUUUUAGCAAGACGGCGCUUCAAAGGUACUUGUGCAUUGGCCUCUCUUAACCUCUGUAAUUCUGAGGAAAGAUAGCGAGCUUUACUUUUAUACAAUCUGUCCUUGGUAACGAGUGUUAGCAGUUCAAUGAGGUUUCAGGUCUGUUUUUCUAAAAUGGCAGCUGUUAUUUACACAUUUUUGUAUCUUCAUUUAUUAAUUGUGCUUUUCAAAAGGAAAUGAUUUGACUGAAUAUAUGGGCAAAGUUGUUUGGGUUCCUUAUUUUGGUCCUGUUAAGCCUGUAGUUUGUUUGAGCUGAGAAGUACUACAUUUCCCAUAAUGCUUUUACUUUUGACCCUUAAAGGGACAUUGACAUUUUAUAGAAAGUAACCAGCAUACAAGCUCUGAUUUCUAUAAAAUGAACUAUACAUGAAGUUUAUACAUAUGCAUUUGUAUGUAGCCUACUGUCAUGCCCUGUUUUUAAUGCCUUGCCAACCAUAGAAAACUUGAGUUCACUAAACUCAAGUGUGGAGUACUAGUAACUCUUCUCUUUACUCUGUUACCCAGAGCCCUUUGUUGCCAUGUAAUUCAAUGCUAACGCUGUUUGAAGCCUGAAUACACUAAACACUGUAAAAUCUUGCCAUGAAUAAGAGUGAUUUCAAUGUUGAUACCUUAUGUUAAUAUGCUUGAUUUGUAGAAUUGACUAAUGAAAAUCAUGCAGUUAUUUAUAUAUAACUGGACCACGUUUUGUUGUAUAAUUGCUGCAUUGGUUAAAACGUAGCUUUCAUAUGAAAAGACCUGAAUUUUUUUUUAUUUUGUGAUGUCAGUAAAUGGUCAAAUUGGUCCAAGCUUGUGAUCCUUUGAACACAUGAUGCCUAUGCAUCUCUCAAAUGCAACGAUCAUCAUUGGCGUCAUACCGUCAGAUAUGUAAUUCUUCGUAAAACUGAGGCUAAAUCCCAAAUCUAAUUUGUAAUGAUACACAUUCAGGCCUGUACAGGAGUACAGUAUAUAGUCGCACCACAAUAGUUCUCCGUCCUUGCAUUAGUUUGUACUGUUUGAAAUAUAUAAAGUACAACUGUGUAACAUUUAUCCAUCUGAACAGAUUGCAGUGUGAAAGUAUUUUGUCUCAAAGUAGAUGCUGCAAACUAAACCAGGUGUUCAUGACUGAAGACAUGCUUUGCAUUUCCCGUUUUACCAACAGUCCAACAUAAUAUCAAGCCCAAACAGGGCAUAAAACUCUUGGAUGCAAACAGCACUUCUGCAUGGGGAAAUAUUAUGCAAAAGUCAUGGCACUAUGUAGCUGCCGAUCCUAUACAAAUUUGCAUUAACUAAUUGAAACAUCACUAAACAUUAAGGGUUGAUUGGUUUCUAAUCUACCUUUAUUGUACUUUGUGUUUGUUGUCAGUCAUGUUUGUAUCGUUUAUCUGAUCUCAUUUCAACAGAGAAUCAUCUAAAAACUGCCUUUUUUUUAAUAGAGCAAAAUCCCUUCAGAAAUCAAGGGAUAUGCCAAUAUAUUUUCAAUAUUUUGUGUAAAAAAAAAAAAAAAAAAAGGACAAAACAGUUAUAAGAUAAAGUGUUGUAUUUUAUAUAUAAUAGAACAUUUCAGUAUGGUAAUGUCAUUAAUAUAUUUAUUUACUAAUAUAUUUAUCCAUUUUGUCCAAGUCUGAGAAAAUUAUAAAUGUUUUUUUUUUUUCACUUUUGGAAUAUCUUUAUGAAACGUACAGCUGCCAUCAUAGAUGUAUAAGCCUGGCAUUAUCAUUCCGAUAAUAUACAAAUAAAUUAUUUUGCAAUAUAAAGAGAUUGUGGUUGUUUUUGUUUGUGUGUGGUUAUGAGAUUCAAUUAAAUGAGUUUCAUUCUGUGCCAUUUGAGGCAUCAUUGAGUCUGUGUCAUGUAUUUGGCGCCAUCUCCUGGUGGCCAUAUGUAACAUUGUGCUUUGUGUGAUUAUCUAAUGAUAUACAGCGAUCAGUCACAACAUUAAAACCAUUUGCCUAAUAUUGUGUAGGUCCCUCUCGUGCCACCAAAACAGCGCAAACCGCGUCUCAGAACAGCAUUCGGAGUUGAUAUUAUUCUCAUCACAAUUGUACAGAGUGGUUACCUGAUUUACUGUAGACUUUAUCUGUUCAAACCAGUCUGGCCAUUCUCACUCAUCAACAAGGCGUUUCCAUUCACACUGGAUGUUUAUUGUUUUUGGCGCCAUUCUGAGUAAAUUCUAGAGACUGUUGUGUGUGAAAAUCCCAGAAAUACUCCCAGAAAACCAGACCAAAUAUAUUGGUUGGCACUGUUUUGUUGGCACGAGGGGGACCUACACAAUAUUAGGCAGGUGGUUUUAAUGUUGUGGCUUAUCUGUGUAUACAGUGGCAAGAAAAAUUAUGUGAACCCUUUUGAUUUUCCUGCAUUUAUGUAUAAAUUAGACUUUAAAUCUGAUUUGAUCUUCAUCUAAAGUUACAAUAAUGAACAAACACAAUCUGUUUGAACUAAUAACACACAAACUAUUGUAUUGUUCUUGUACAUACUGAAUAAAUCAUUCAAACAUUCACAGUGUAGGUUGGAAAAAGUAUGCGAACCCCUAAGCUAAUGACGUCCACGAAAGCUCAUUUGAGUUAGGAGUUGGCAAACCUGGCAUCCAAUUCAUGAAACGAGAUUGGAGCUGUGGGUUAGAGCUACUUUGACUUACAAAAAGCACUCAAACAUUUUUAGUUUGCUAUUCACAAGACGCAUCUGCUGACGUGGACUAUGUCUUACAAAAAAAAGACCACUCAGAAGACCUACAAUCAAGAAUCGCUGCUUUGCAUAAAGCUGGAAGGGUUUCAAAGUUAUCUGUCCACAGUUAGACAAACUGUCUAUAAAUGGAGAUGAUUUAGUACUAUAGGUACUCUCUCUAGAAGUGGCUGUUAGAUAUUCAUCUGUCCACAGUUAGACAAACUGUCUAUAAAUGGAGAUGAUUUAGUACUAUAGGUACUCUCUCUAGAAGUGGCCGUUAGAUAUUCAUCUGUCCACAGUUAGACAAACUGUCUAUAAAUGGAGGUGAUUUAGUACUAUAGGUACUCUCACUAGAAGUGGCCGUUAGAUAUUCAUCUGUCCACAGUGAGACAAACUGUCUAUAAAUGGAGAUUAUUUAGUACUAUAGGUACUCUCACUAGAAGUGGCCGUUAGAUAUUCAUCUGUCCACAGUUAGACAAACUGUCUAUAAAUGGAGAUGAUUUAGUACUAUAGGUACUCUCACUAGAAGUGGCCGUUAGAUAUUCAUCUGUCCACAGUUAGACAAACUGUCUAUAAAUGGAGGUGAUUUAGUACUAUAGGUACUCUCACUAGAAGUGCCCGUCCAGUCAAGAUGACUCAAAGGACACACACGCAGAAUGAUCAAUAAGGUAAUAAAGAACACUAGAGUGUCAGAUAAAGACUUGAAGGAAUCAUUGGAGCUAUUUAAUAUCUCUGUUCAUGAGUCUAUUGUACAGAAAACAUUAAACAGGUGUUCAUGGCAGGACAUCAUGAAGGAAGCCGAUUUGGAAAUGAAUUCCCAAGUUUAUCAAGAUAUCCUACAGGAUAAUAUCAGGGUGGCAGUGUGCCAGCUGAAGCUCAGUAGAAGUUGAGUGAUGCAGCAGGACAAUGACCCCAAACAUCAAAGUAAAUCCAAAACAGAAUGACUUUUGGAGUGUCCCAGUCCAGUCCUGAACCCAAUAGAGAUGCUGUGAAUGACCUCAAGAGAGACACCAGACAUCCUACCAAUAUGAUUGAGCUGAAGCAGUUCUGUAAGGAUCCAAAAUAUCUUCUGAACGUUGUGCAGGUUUAAUACCGGAAAUGCUUGCUUGAGGUUAUUGGUUCCAAAGGAGGAUCGACCAGUUAUUAAAUCCAAGGGUUCACUUACUUUUUCCACAGCACUGUGAAUGUUUAAUGGGAUGUGUUCAAUAAAAACAUGAAUGAUUAUAAUUGUGUGUUGUUAUCUUAAGCACAUUGUGUUUGUCUAUAGUUGUGAGAUCACAUUUCAUGACCAAUUGAUGCAGAAAACCACAUCGUUCAAAAGGGGUUCACAUACUUUUUCUUGCAACACAUAUCUAUAUAUAUAUAUGUA